UGAUGAUGUUGUAGAGCCCGUUGUCCUCAGAAGGAGGCGAAUUAGCAGCCUUUUGCAUUAGAAUGCGCAAGUGCGCACACUCAAACACCUGAUACGGCUUCAGCUAUUUUGGUUCCUAAACUCGGCGUAUCUGCAACAGUUUGUUUAGCGUAACAAGAAUGGAACGCUGCGGAGAGCCCCAACGCUGAAUUAUCAGAGAACAGCUUAGGAUAAACGUUGGACAGCUGACCUAAAGUCCCAGAAGUCCCAGUCUCUCCUUGCCAACCAUCAUCCUGCUCUGGAACAAAAAACAAUGACUUAGCAAGGAAUCUCGAAGACUCCUUCAGAAUAUUUCGGAAAUGACAUAAAUGAUCCAACAUCCUUUCAAAAAGCUACUUUAUUUUCACAGCAUCUUUGGAACCAGGACCUUGACACCAUGUUGAGGCGGAGAUGUGUCAGUAGACUGAGCUUCUCUGAUUGGUCUGACCCGUGACUGGGUGAAACACUGUUGGGUGGAGGUUAUAUAUGUUGCAUGGAACAUAUGGAGGACUGCGGAACUGCUACAUAACCCAUCUUUCUGACAGAUCAGCUUCCUAGCUGAGAAAUACUUUCAAACAAACACUGUUCUCACCAAUGGUCCCCACAUUAUCUACUUGGACAAGGUACAUUUUUUUAAUCUUCCAGAACCUACUCACCCUUCAUCUCCCAAGAUGCUUUGCCCUCGGAGGAAGAGGCCCACCAAGGAUGCUGACUUCUCUGCCAUCGUCGUGCCGUCCAUGCGGGGCUCCGGUUACCUUGACUACACCAUUGAGAGUCACGCUGGCCGAGCGAUGCAGGCCAUGGAUGAAUUCAGACGCAACGAAGUGCUUUGUGACCUGGUCCUCCACGUCUCGUACAAGGAUAGGACCGUCGACUUCAAGGUACACAAGGUGGUUCUGGCUUCCUGCAGCCUAUACUUCAAAGCCAUGUUCACCAGCAGUUUCAAGGAGUGCCAUGCCUCGGAGGUGACUCUGCGUGACGUCUGUCCCCAGGUGGUGGGGAGGCUCAUUGACUUUGCCUACACCUCCCGCAUUACCAUGGGAGAGAACUGCGUGCUUCACUUCCUGCUGGCAGCCAUGAGGUACCAGAUGGAGGAUGUGGCCAAGGCCUGCUGUGACUUCCUCGUCAAGAACCUGGAGCCUGCCAACGUCAUCGGGAUCGCCCGAUUCGCUGAAGAUAUUGGCUGCACAGAGCUGCACCUUCAGAGCCGCGAGUACAUCAACACACACUUCAAUGAGGUAACCAAGGAGGAGGAGUUCUUCAGCCUGACUCACUGUCAGCUGCUGGAGCUCAUCAGCCAGGACAGUCUGAAGGUGCUGUGUGAGUCUGAGGUGUACAAGGCUUGCACAGACUGGGUGGGUUGGGAUAUGGAAGGGAGGGCUCAGUACCUCCAUGCCCUCCUCAAUGCUGUCCGCAUCUAUGCCCUGCCACCCAAAUUUCUCAAACGCCAGCUGCUCACCUGCCCCAUCCUCAGCAAGGCCAACUCCUGCAAGGACUUCCUGUCUAAGAUCUUCCAGGAGAUGGCCCUGAGGAAGCCCCUCCCCCCCACGCUUUACCGUGGCACCCAGCUCAUCUACGUAGCGGGCGGUUACCGGCAGCACUCCCUGGACUCCAUGGAAGCCUUGGACCCCAGCAACAACACCUGGCUGAAGCUGGCAGACAUGUGGGCCCCCUGUAGCGGCCUGGGGGCCUGUGUGCUAUUCGGCCUACUCUACACGGUGGGGGGCAGGAACCUGUCCUUGCAGAACAACGCUGAGUCUAGCGCUCUCUGCUGCUACAACCCCAUGACCAACCAGUGGAGCCAGCACGCCUCGCUCAACACCCCAAGGAACAGGGUUGGUGUUGGGGUGGUGGACGGCAACAUCUACGCUGUUGGGGGGUCCCAGGGUUCCACACACCACAGCACUGUAGAGAGAUGGGACCCUGAGACCAACCGCUGGACGUUUGUGUCCCCGAUGUCUGUGGCCCGUCUGGGGGCAGGCGUGGGGUCGUGUGGGGGGCAUCUGUAUGUGGUGGGGGGUUUCGACGGGCAAAACCGCUGGAACACAGCCGAAAGGUACCACCCUGACACCAACACCUGGCACCAGCUGGCACCCAUGAGCUCUGUACGCAGCGGACUUGGCUUGGUGUGUGUGGACUCGUAUCUGUAUGCUGUGGGGGGCUAUGACGGCAGGAACCAGCUGAGCUCCAUGGAGCGCUACAGUGUAAGCAGGGACGUGUGGGAGCCCGUGGCCUCCAUGCAGCACUGCCGCAGUGCCCUGGGAGUCACUGUCUACCAGGGACGCAUCUUCGUCCUGGGGGGUUUCAACCAGGCUGGCUUCCUGUCCAGUGUGGAAUGCUACUGCCCCGAUACUAAAGAGUGGACGUAUGUAACAGACAUGCCCCUCGGCCGCAGUGGCAUGGGCAUUGUGGUUACCAUGGAGCCCUGCCCUGGAAACCUGCCAGAGGAGGAGGACGAGGAAGUGACAUAGACGAGAUGGUCACUUCAAAGCCAGGCUAUGACUGCCCAUUAUGACCGCUACAUGACCUCAUCAAGGUGACCAGAUCUGAGUGACACAGUACUCCACUCAGACUGACAGUGCCUUACAGUGACUGCUUUCAUUUCAUUCUGCCAUUUUGUUCCCUCUCUCCACUUUCCUUUUUGCCUUUCUCUGAUUUAUAGUAUCUCAUCUCUCUCUCUCUCAAACGUGGAUUACCACACUGUCGCAUUAGAACGGACAUUGCAGAAAAAACAUGGAGAUUUCCACCCUGUUGUGUGCCAAGAGAAUAUCUGUAUUAGCCUGUACAUGCCUAAAUGAACACUGUGAAGUUUAAAUGCAUUUGCACAGAACUAUUGAUGUGUAUCGAUAUAUUUGUACGAUGCAUAGUUAGAAAAAUACAUGAUUUUAUGAUUACAA